AUGAAUAGGUUCUUGCGAGACGACAGUCGCUCCAGAAAUUUGGAGGGAGACGAGCAGGAAAAGGAAGAGAGCGGUGACGAGAAGACCGCCAAGCGAGAUAAGGCCCGAGCCCUGUGGAAGGCGCGGCAGAAAUCUAAAACCAGUCUAUUCCUGGAAGACGAAAACAGCUUGUCUCGUUUCGAUAUCUUUGGUGAUGCUGACAAGAGUCGAAGUACCCAUUUUCGGGAGAAGCUCGAAAGUGCUUGCCGUCCGGCAUCGCUUAAGGAUAUAGACGAUAGAUCAAAGUCAGGCCGGGAUCAAAAUAAUACUGGUAAGAAACGCAGCUCACCGUGGGCCUUGGAUGCAUCUGUCCCGGAGUGGGAGAGGCGGAACGCAUCAAUGCAGCAGAGGCAGAGAAAACGGCAGAGAUCCGUAUCUGUUGGAAAGUGGUCUUUCGCAACACGUAGCGGCAAAGACAAACCUCACACAAAAACGGCACGCAGCGUGUCUUCUGGUACAGGAGGCUCUUCGCUUGGUUCAACUUACCAAGCCCUGAAGCCCCGAGUUAACAGUGUUAUGCCGAAAAGGAGCUCAACCACGAAUAGAGUUGGAAGGGUCCCACAGCGGCGCCCAACGAAGGCACCAACAACCGUGAGGGGCUUGUUGAAAGUUUUAGGAGGCCGAGCCGAGACGGAUAUGUAA